UCGAAGACACAACCGAAGCAGCGUCGAGGUGAGCGUCGAAAUAUACGCGACUUCUCCAACUCUCAGAACUUUUAAAAACUGUUUAAAAGUGCGUCCGUAAUUUUGAUGGCCUUAUCUUGACUAUCUGCCGACUUACAAACUGCCAUUAAAGAAACUUUUUAUGUGUGUCGUGGAUAAUAACAGUUCAGUAUAGUUAUUUAUAGUGGCAAAUUAAUUUUGUGAAAUGUAAUUUUCUGCCGAACAGACAGUGAGAUUUAAGAAAUGGAGGGCAUAUUUACCGCCAGCUUUGGAGUGUUCGUUUAUUUUAUGAUCUUUCAAGGAGCGGGUGGCGUACAAAGGUUCGAGCAACAACCCUCAUACACCGAAGUCAAUCCUGGUCAGGACGCUCUUCUUGUAUGCAAAGUGUUCAACAAACGCGGAUCGUGUUCCUGGCAGAAAGAUAACAAGCCAAUGGGAAUGUACCCUCACAAAUACGAAUGGGCUUCUGGAAAUCAAGAGAAUGGUGACUGUUCCAUAUGGAUACGCGCAGCUCAGUUAGAAUUUGACGAUGGCAACUGGGAAUGUCAAGUAACUGCAAGCGAUUUUCAUACGCAAGAUGCACUUACCAGUCAACCCGUACAUCUCGUCGUUCGAGUUCCGCCACAACGGCCUCGAAUAGAGUACAAUGGCACGCAAGUCCUACCAGGUCACAACUUGACCUCCCUUCAUGGUGAAGUGGCCGUCAUUAAGUGCGUAUCGCACUAUGGAAACCCACCACCUGUACUUAAGUGGUUUUUAGAUCAGCAUGAAAUUACGCCUACGAAGCAACAGACAAACACCACAGAGCUGGAUAAUCCCAGAACGUGGUUGGCGUUAUCGGUGUUGGAACUUACCAUUUCGAAAGAAAAUCAUGGACGGACUCUUAGCUGCGUCGCUGUACAUGAAUCAUACUCAACGAAAUCUAGCAGUAUAGAAGUUAGAUUAGACGUAAUGUAUGUUCCAGAAACAAGACUUGAGGGAAUACCGAAGACUGACAUAGAAGACCUAAAAGAUGCCGUAGCUAUCAAAUGCGUCGUCCAUGCGAAUCCAAAGGCCGCUGUUGUAUGGAGAAGAGAAGGUCAAAAUCAGCCAGUAAGUCUGCAAGAACUGCUGCAAUUUAGCCCUGCCAUUAGACAACAUUCAGGCUUGUAUACGUGUCAAGCCCGGAAUAAGGCAGGAGAAUCUCAACCAAUUAGGGUUCAAGUCGACGUCAAAUACCCUCCAAAAAUCAUCAGCAUUGGCCGGGAUAGAGUCAAGACUGUAACGUUGUUUUCUCCUACCUCGUUCGAGUGUUUGGGAGAGGGGAAUCCCCAGCCCACGUAUAAGUGGUUGCAAAAGCUGCCCACACCCUCUAAUAAAGAAGAGGAACGAAGCAGAGAUUCGAAACUCUACAUUGCGAACGUCACUUACGACUACCAAGGAGAGUAUAGGUGCAUAGUGACCAACAUUAUUAAAGGGGUGGAAAGGUCUGAAAUCAGUGAACCAAUUAUUUUACAAGUGCACGGUGCUCCUCAAGUGUUGAGACAUUCCGCAACGCCAGAAGUAGUCGUGGACAAAGGCGACCUAGCUGAUUUAAGCAUGGUAGUUUGUGCUGAUCCAAGACCCAGAUUUGUAGCUUGGGAAUGGGGUUCUCAAAGGCUUGAAGCAGGAUCUGAAAUGGGUCGCUACAAAGUAGAUGAAGUCACUCAAGAAGAUAGAGAAGAUUGCUAUCUAGCCACACUGCAUAUCAAAGAUGCCUCAGCGACCGAUUCCAGAACAUAUAUUCUGGCAGUAGAAAACGAUAGAGGAACUGACCGACAUGCUGUUCAACUCUACGUAAAAGAACCCUUGCAAAUGAGUACACUUGUCAGUUUGACAGGAGGGCUACUCGUAACUUUCCUUCUGCUCGUAUGUGGGUGUGUUUACGCCGUCCGCACAGAAAAAUGUUGUUUCGCCCGUAAAGGCGAUUUUAAACCUUCAGAUAUCGAUGGGCAAAAAGUAGACAUAGAAAAAACCGCCACUGGUCCAGGGGGCAUUCCUGCAGAUGCCAUAUACACAACAAAUUCUCGAGGUCACGGAAGUCCAGAGGCCAUGAAGCAUACCACACUCACAUUCAAUGGUAGAAAUAGUGUAGAAGAAAAACCAAAAGAAAACGUCUACUCUGGCCUAGAACCCAAUACUCUACACUUGCGAAAUCGCGAAUUAUCACUCAAUUUCUUCGAAUCAGAUGAUAACGAUACUGAAAAAAGUUUCCAGGAUAGAAGCAAGUAUUAUAGUUUUAACAGAUAUUCGAACCAAAAACCUUUCGAUAAUUGGUCGUAUAACACAUUAGCAAUGGGUUCACAUCGAGCGUCUUUGCCUGUCGAUAAUAAGUACGUUCGCCGAUCUCUUAAAAAAUAUAAUAAAAAUAAAGAUAACAGGCCUAGACCUAAACCAUUGCAAAUUGAAAACGAAAAGUAUUAUGACCACGUAUUUCCGAAACGGGAACUGCGGUCUAACAGUACUGACUUAUUUUAUCAACCAAAUAGUUUAGAUCAUGCGGAAUUGUAAAUAUAUUGUAAGUCGUCGUCAAAUACAUUGUUGUACAUUUUAAUAUUAAAUUUGUAAAUAUUUCGCUGGUAGGCGUUCAUAUCGUUUUCAUUUUUUCCAUUUAUUGUCACGUUCAUUUUCUAAAGACUAGUCCAAUUUUUAAAUGAUCGUGAACUUAUAAUUUGACGUCUUUUGAUUUAUGGAAAAAAAUGAAAACAGAUAAGUACUAACAUACUCCUUAUAACGUGUCCAGCUGAUUUCUUUAACGGUUCGUGAGUACUUAAAAUAAUAUCUUUAUCAAUACCAAAAUUAUAUAUUAUCUUUAUGUUACACGGGUGCAUUAGGUAGGUUGUCAUAUUUUACCAACACAUUUAAUUUUUACUAUAAUCAAGUGGUACAAAAAAUACUUGCAAAUAAACCUACCUUAUGCGUACCAACUGCCGAAAGUAAUUUUAAAUUAUUACUGUAUAAUUAUUUAUUCCAUUCGUUUUGUUGAUCCGUCACUUUAUUAUGUAAUAGUGUAGAAAAUGGGACAAAAAUCGCAAUAAUUAAAAUAAUUUAUGCACAGAACUAGCUAACAACCUUUAAAAAAAUGACUUUUCAAGAUAUAUACCCCACUAUAAUCCACAAAAAGCUAAAAUUAUCUCAAAGAUCAUGGUAAUUUCCAUCACUUUGUAAUUUCUACACGCACUGUCAAAGUUUAAAAAAGCGGUGUAUAGGGCAUCCACGAAUUUAAUGGUUUGACGACUUUGACUCCACAUCCCUUGUCAACGAAUAAUGCAGGUUUAUUGAAUGCAAAUUUAUGGCACCAUCCCAAAUUUCAGUAGCCGCUCUUUGUUACAUUGGGCUGGCACGCUUCCCUUCAUUCAUGUAUUCGUCUUGCUUGCCUGUUUUUACGAUGGUCAAGCUUAUCUGGUUGAGGGUAUUAUUUAAAGAGAUUAAAAGCCAAAAGUCGCAGAACUACUAAAUUUCUGGAUGGCUUAUAUACUAUAUUUCAGACAAAAAUAUAUUGCUCUCCUAUGCAAAUUUUUUAAAGACGCUGUGCAAGUGAAUCUAUAUCAAUAAAAAUGUAACAAUUGUGAACACAAUGUCAUAACAAAAAUUAACAAUCAUUUUCAAAAACUUCGCAAGAGAUGACUUAAAGGAAGUAUAUUAUAAAAACUUAUUCACUGUUAUGAACUCCUUGAAUUUAGUAAUAUUACUUUAAAGAAUGUUUGUGCUCAAAUGCUGUUAUAAAAAGUUAAGUUUGAAACUGUUGAAGAAUAUUUUUCUAAAAACAAUAAUUAUGCUUGAGAGAUUUUUUUUAAUGUUCAUUCUAAUGUAUUAUUUUAAUUAUUGCACGGUUUCACCCAAUAUGUACGUUUAAUAUUUUUCUUGUUUUUACCAAAGAUAAAACAAAACCAAAUCUCAUAAUAUUAAUAGAUAGAUAAAUCUUCUGAAUAUAUGUGAUGUUACAAUAACGAUAAUAAAAUGACUU